AUGGCGAAAUCAAAACGAUCGAUGAAUCCCGCAGACGAGUUGCGUAAGAAGCAACGUAAGCGAGAACUUAAAAAGAAUAAAGAGACGAGAAAGAAUUUGCGUGAGAAUGUAUUAGCGAAAAAGGAUGUUGGCAAAGUGAGACAAGAUAUUGCCAGACUAGAGCAUUUGGCUGCACAGGGACAGUUGGAUAGGAUUGGUCAGGCACGUCUUGAUGAAUUAAAAACUGAAGUCGGCAAGAUUGAAAAAGCGAAAAAGGCCACAGAGUUAACAGGAGCACAAGCGGCGUAUGCUGCACGCAUGCAAGAAAACGAGAAAAAGACGGAAAAGGAAGCUAGAAAAUUAGUGUUUGAUCCCAAGAGCGGUAAAUUUGUUCCCGCUAAAGUCAAAGAGAAGAAAGUAUCUUCCUUGUCAACACACAGUGGAUCUGAAUCAUCAUCUUCUUCUUCAUCUGAUAGUGAGGAUGACUCAGACUCGGAUAUGUUGGAGGAGAGUGAUAAUGAAAUUGCUCUGCCCUCGGGGGAGGAAAUACCAAAGAUUUUGACAGAAUCGGAUGAUGAAUAUGAGAUCCCGUUACCACCAGGUCCUCCUCCUUUAAGACCUUUUGAGCAGCAAUUUACACCAGUGGGUAGAAUGCCUCCUCCUCCACCACCUGGAGGUCCUCCUCACGCUGUUGUCUAUACUCCCGGUGGUCGUAUUCCACCACCACCACCACCUCCUCCACAACAACCUAUGUACUAUCCACCCGUGUACCAACAACCUAUCUAUCAGCAUCAACCCGUCUAUCAACCCGUGUACCAACCUCCCGUUCAACAACCGACAUAUGUUUCGAAACCGGUACACUAUGAACAACAACCGAAAGAAGAAAAUUUGUCAGCUGCUGUUGCACCGACCAUAUCUGCGGAACCUCAACUUCGUGAUCUUCAAAAGGAAUUACUCGGUUUUGUACCCGCUGCUUUACGUCGCAAACAAGCCAUGGCUAAAAAAGUUGCUUCUUUACCUAAAGGUGCCAGACCUAAUAUCAAUCCUGCUCCCUCCUUAGAAGAUUAG